AUGUCUGUACUGUGUCAAAGUGUCAAACAGGCAAUGCUCAUUGAAAACUUGUACUCCGUUAAAAUUAGUGGCUGCUGUCCCCGAAACACUCAUAAAAGGCUCAAGCGUGAUUAUACAGCUCAGAACGCCAAUGACGGACUCAGCUCUUUCACAUAUCACCCUGGUGUGUCCAGUGAUCCAGAAGCGAUGGCUCGUGGAGUACAUGGUGUGGGAGUUGCACUCAGCCCCGGAGCUGAACGCGCUCUGCGGGAUUGGAUCCCAAUGAACAGUCUUCCGGUAACCCAGCUCAAUCAAGCUCAGAACCUCUGCAUAAAAACGCGGCCGUACGUUGUGUCAGUGUAUGCCUUAACGGACUGCGGUUCUGACGCUGAGAGGGAUGCUUUCUAUCUAGAUCUAUCCGGGUUUAUUCGUCAACCAAGAAGCAUUGACAUUGUGAUCCUUGUGAGCGAGCUUCACCUAGUUCGUGCCCACUUUCCUGACAGUCCUGCUUUGUGGUGGCGCAAGGGCUAUGGAUUUUUCUACCAGACGUGGAAUUUCCGCAGCCCUGCUUUUGUUAGACUAUGUCGAGCCACACAACGCGCAUUCCUGACCAAUGUAUUGUUUUUCCGACACACUGGAGAGCUUACUUUUCGUCGGCUGCACGAACGCUACUGGAUAUUCCGCCGACGUGUUUUGCGGAAGGAGUCACGCAUCACUCAGGCUCAGCGAAUUUUGCUUGGCGGCUGUCUGAUAUCUUUCGCGCAGGAUAAAAUUUCCGAUGAAGAGUUGGCAUGCACCAUAAAAAGCCUUGCAGUUGAUGUUGAUGCGGCGGCAGAUAAUGACGGUAGUUCAUUUCGAGCUGAGGAUGAAGCUGUGCCUCCCGGUUCCAAUGUACCAGCUGACGACAAUUCUUCGAAUCAAAAUGUAUCAUCGUCAGCCUAUCGAUCCGGUGAUCCAUUUUCCAAUCCACCUCUCACAAAGUUCGUUAGAGAACUUCGUCAGGAGGUGUUGCGCUAUGCCACGGAAUUCCUUCAUCCUGUCCCCCCUCAAGAUGAAUGUAUCCCUGUGGUAGCCUGUACGAUUACAGAGCCCGUCAACUCAAGUGACACGGUGGAUUCACACUUUUCCUCUCUCCUUGGCGGUUUAAAUCUUCAGCCUGAUGGAACUGGAUUUGUUGACAACACCUGGGAUUUGGUGAUUAAUAAGGCCGAUUUGCGUGUUUGGAGGCGAGCGAUAGAUUUUGAUGCGAAUCAACCGCCCACAGCUCACGAAAACACGGAGGAACCGAGCACAGAGACACAGAAAAACGGAGAAAAGUCCAGAUGUCGAUAUGAAUACCGGCCCCAGCGUGAAUAUAUCUACGUCCGCCGUUGGUGGUUAGAACCCAAUGCUUUGGUUCACAAACCCGAUACACCGACAGAAGAAAGCCUCACUGGAGAGCACGGUCGUUAUGCAGUCGUUCUUUCACGGUCCAGCGGCAUCGCUUCACCCGAAGGUCACCAAGCGGUUAAUGGCAGUUCACCCCUAACACGUUGGAACGAACGUGUGAAGCAGACAACUGUGUUUGUGAAAUCAUAUCGGUCUGCGAUGCUAAUUGAGGCCCACGAACGAUUCAGUGAGCUUGGAAUGAACUAUUAUCUUGUCUAUUAUGAUGAUCCACAAUUGCCGAUGGGUGAUUCCGCCUUGAGUCUCCUCUCCGGAAAAGCUAUGAAUCAGUUCAUGAAUCAACUUCACUCCGCUGCUCUGACACUCACUCAGACGGGACUACCUUCUGGUAUCGACGCUGUCGUGUUUCACAUGAAGCCGAAGGAAUUUUCCGAUACUCCUUCUUCAGCCGAUGCAAAGUUUGUGCAUCCAGAACGCUGUCCUCUCCAUGAGUCUCUCAAUCCAAAACGAACUGAAAGACCGAAGCCUCGAUUCUUCGCCGACUACGUUAAUGAACCUACCCGGCUUUCGAAUGCUGCGUACUAGACCUUGCGGAAAAUCACUGAGAUCUACUUAUGAUGAAUGGUAUUUCGGCAACGAAGUGUCGGCUCACUUAAAUUUAUUUUUCACGCCGCCGAGAGUUUCUGCGAAGCCUCCGAUUCUCCGCGUGAUUUUUCUGCCUCCUGUUUUUCACCCUUUUUGUACAAAACGCGUAUUUUAGUGAGUUCGGUCCAAAGUCGUGAACUCUUAGAUGACCUUCUGCCAUUCAGCCCCGUCUAUUCGUUUGUCGGCCUUUCAUUCUGAA